AUGCGGUGGCGGCUGCCAGGCGCCCGUACGACACUCCCCGCCAGUGUCGCACUCCUCCUUCUCCCAACUCUGGUCGCUCCGCUGCAGCAAUCAGAAGGCCAUGACUCUAUCUCUCGUGUCUCUGUGCCAUUAGCACAAGAGUCAUCCAACCAACAUGCAGCCCAUGUGGCUGCACCACCCAUCGUGAAACCCAACGAUGCGAGCGCCCUUGCUACUCUGGCUCUGGCAGGCUCCGGCCGCGCCGUUCGAGCCCCUCCUGUCCAAGCCAGCAGCACCGCUGCAGGUUUGGCUUCGCAGCUUCACGCGCGGUCCUUGCAGGACUGGGAGGUUGAGGAUUUUGUGCUGCUGGCGACCGUCGACGGAACAAUUCACGCCCGUGAUCGCAAGACCGGGACUGCUCGCUGGGCCCUGGAGGUCCCGAGUAGCCCUGUGGUCGAAAGCACUUACCAUCGAGCGAAUCGUUCCAGUUUUGACGAUACACAGCCCGAAGACGACUUUCUAUGGAUCGUCGAACCGAGCCAAGAUGGCAGCCUAUACAUCUACAGCCCCGCCCCCGACGCUGGCUUGCAAAAGCUCGGCUUAACUGUGAAGCAGCUUGUCGACGAAACCCCCUAUUCUGGCACCGACCCUGCGGUGACUUAUACUGCCCGGAAAGAAACUACCCUAUACACCAUUGACGCCCGGACUGGUAGCAUUCUGCGGGUGUUUAGUUCCCGUGGUCCAAUUCCCGCUGCGCCUGAAUGUCGGAAGGUCAAUGGAGAAGAUCCGGAGUCCGAUGAGUGUGAGUCGACAUCUGGCACUUUGGUUCUUGGUCGGGUUGAAUACGCCGUCGCCAUCCAAAACACUGAGACGGGAGAUCCGAUUUGCACCUUGAAAUACUCCGAGUGGGCACCAAACAACCGUGAUAUGGACUUACAGAGCCAGUACUACAGGACGAUGGAUCAAAGCCACAUCUAUAGUAUGCACGACGGCGUUGUGCUGGGAUUCGAUCAUUCGCGCAUGGAUCGGCCUCGAUAUACACAACGAUUUUCAUCACCUGUGGCGCGAGUCUUUGAUGUUGUUCGUCCUGCUCACAAAGAAACACCAGAUGCCUCGACCCCGCUCGUCCUGCUCUCACAACCUCUUCAGCCACCGGAUCCGGAUUACGGUCCCCUUGGGGAUGAAAGGGACAUGCGUGUAUUCAUCGAUUGCACUGAGGCGGGGGGUUGGUAUGCCUUCUCAGAGGAAACAUACCCCCUCGCCACGGGCCGCGCCCCAAUGGCUCAAUGCUAUGACAAAGACUUCUUUCGCCGCGGGCAAGCGCUCAUGAGUCUGACAGCGCGUCAGCAGCGGAAUGCAUUGGCUGGUGUCCACUCUCUUACUGGCCCUCGUGUCGUCCGUCCACAUAUUCCUAGACUGGGCGGGUCAUCCACCUCCGAACUAUCAAAUGAUACACCACGAGAUAUUCUCCGCAGUCCUUCGGAGCUGGCUUUGCCUCCCGCCUUACGAAAUAGCGCGAUCAUUCGCAAGAGCUGGGACAAUGCUUUGGAUAUCGUCGUGACGUUGAUUUUAUUGUUCAUCUGCACCUUCAUCUAUUUCAACUCGCAUCAUCUUCGCGAUCUGGCCAAGCAGAAGUUGGAUAUCAAGAAUAUCAUCAACUCCAAUGAUAAGCCUUCUCUGUCGACCCCUUCUACUCCUAUAGUCGGCGGUGCCCCGGAUAUGGAGCGUUCAUCUACACCGACCCAACAAGUUCCCAACGUUACAGUGGAUUUAGAUGUGGAUGGUUCAUCGCCAGAUGGAGGAGCAACGCCGCGCGCUUCCCGAGACCCAGACUCCAAACCGCGGGUGCAGAUUCGCGAGCCUUCGCGUGGGGCUGAUGAAGAGGAUGCCGAUGAGAUUGGAAAGCCAAAGAAAAAGCCACGCGCUCGUGGAUCUCGAGGAGGAAAGUCACACCGCCGUCGCAAGAAGCCUGAAGGUGAAGGUGAUAGCCCUGAAGGGGCCGGUCAAACCGUGGAGCAGGUCAAUAAUUUAGCCUCCCAGCCUCGACUUGAGCCCGAUGUCCAGAUGACCCGGACUAUCUCGAAUGAGAUUAUGGAAAUGGAUGGCGUCGUGCGCGUCGGCCGGCUUCAGGUUUUCACCGAUGUUGUGCUGGGACAUGGUAGCCAUGGAACCGUGGUGUACCGCGGUUCGUUCGAUGGACGAGACGUCGCAGUCAAGCGUAUGCUGAUGGAAUUCUAUGAUAUUGCAUCCCACGAAGUGGGCUUAUUGCAGGAAAGUGAUGACCACCAUAACGUGAUCCGAUAUUUCUGCCGUGAGCAAGCCACCGGGUUCCUGUAUAUUGGCCUCGAGCUUUGUCCAGCAUCUCUUCAGGAUGUGAUUGAACGUCCUAUCAACUACCCGGAACUAGUCCAAAGCGGGUUAGAUCUGCCCGACGUACUACGGCAGAUCACCCAGGGUGUCCGGUACUUGCACUCGUUGAAGAUCGUCCAUCGUGAUUUGAAGCCGCAGAACAUCCUCGUGGCUAUGCCGCGUGGUCGCACUGUUUCACGGUCAUUGCGGCUCCUUAUCUCCGAUUUUGGCCUUUGCAAGAAACUCGAAGACAAUCAAAGCUCGUUCCGGGCAACCACUGCUCACGCGGCUGGAACUUCCGGCUGGCGUGCCCCGGAGCUCCUGGUGGAUGAUGACGGUCCUCUGUCUCUCGCAUCACAGCACACCGAGUCAUCGGAGCCCGCUGUGGUGGAUCCGCAGACGAACCGCCGCGCCACUCGGGCUAUUGACAUAUUCUCACUGGGUUGUGUGUUCUACUACGUCCUGACCCGUGGCAGUCACCCAUUUGACAAGAACGGCAAGUUUAUGCGCGAGGCAAACAUCGUCAAGGGUCAUUUCGAUUUGGAGGAACUAAACCGCCUAGGCGAUUACGCUUUCGAGGCUGAUGACCUCAUCCGCUCCAUGCUGGCUCUAGACCCCCGCCAACGUCCUGACGCCAGCGCUGUAUUGAUGCACCCGUUCUUCUGGCCUCCAUCAGACCGUCUCGCCUUUCUGUGUGAUGUUUCUGACCACUUUGAAUUUGAGCCCCGUGAUCCUCCGUCAGAUGCACUCCUUUGCCUGGAAUCGGUGGCUGAGCGGGUAAUGGGCCCUGAAAUGGAUUUCCUGCGCUCAUUGCCGCGAGACUUCAAAGACAAUCUCGGCAAGCAGCGCAAGUACACUGGGUCGCGCAUGCUGGAUCUCUUGAGGGCUCUCCGCAACAAGCGCAAUCACUACAAUGAUAUGCCUGAUAAUCUUAAGGAAAAUAUUGGCGGGUUGCCCGAGGGAUACCUCAAUUUUUGGACAUACAGGUUCCCGAGCUUGUUGAUGAGCUGUCAUACGGUUGUCGUUGAGCUGGACUUGACUCGCAUUGAUCGCUUCCGAAGGACACUCCUCGGCGCACGAAAGUCUACCAACGAUGACUCCAGCCAGGGAUCUGGUGUCUCCACAACAUUGAAGAAGCCCGGUGUCUUCCUGCUUGUUCUUGAACAUCCAGAAGAGGUUUCGCUCGGUGGGCUCGCGGGCAUGAUCCAAGAACAUUGGGGGAAGCUUCACCCAGAGCUAGAACCGCUUUCAAUCAAGAAAAUCGUCGACGAUACCAAGGAAGAUAUCGAUCUUUACCCCGAUUUAACCGUCGCUGAUGUCUGGGUUGACUUUGGAAAAGCCCGCGCCGAUGGUCUCGACCAGCGUGGUUCCGUUCGUGUUCUUCAAAAGCCUACCGCGGCUGCCCCGGAGCGAUUCCCCUCGGUCGAGCAGGAUUGGGAUGCUGCUAUUGCUUCCUACGAGCACAAGCGUGCAAUGAAAGAUAAAAAGGAAGCCAUGGAACGCCAAUUCCCAACCAUUCAGGAAGAAGAUGAGGAGAGCGCCGAACCACGGAGUACCCACUCUCGGUCUUUGUCUCAAUCCCACAUUCAAUGGGAACAUUCGCCUGGAUCGCUUCGGCCUACCAACAAUGAGCGUCGUGUGUCACCUCGGAAGUCACCAGCUGAGCACCGCCAUCGUGAUUUACCCGUUUCUUCCGUUGAAGUCCGCAGCCCCGUUACCACUCCCCCACUAACAAAGUCUGUUGGCCCUACAAUUGCCGGUACGCCGCCCCCCAGGCGCGAAAGCGAGGAGCUCGGCGGCUCUCCAUCACCAGCCGAGCGACGAACUUCCAGCGCUAUGUCCCAACAUACACCUGCACCUGUAAUUUCCGUGUCCCCGGAACCGCAGUCUAAGCCGCAAAAGCUCGUAAAGUUACCAAUUCCCAGUAGAACAGCUAAGCGGACAAUUACGCAAAUGCCUGACGACGCGGAAUCCCCACCUAUGUCUACAACCAAACAUGUCAUUCCCCACCAAGAGACACAAUCUACCGAGGAUGCUACUGCGAGCUCAAGUGACAGGGAAUCAGUGCCUGUUCCACAGCAUAUCGUGAAAAGACCACUCAAGCAGAGAAUGCCCAACGGAGUCAACGGACAAGGACAUCUGGCCGCAGUGGGCACGAGUGUAUCCCAAUCACCACAGAAAAGGCAAGCCGAAGCGGUGAUCAUAUCCAGUCAGGAGUCAAGUGAAGAGGAUAGCGACAGUGAGGACGACAAGAUUGAAGCGAAGAAGAUCAAGACUGUCGUGCAGGAUGAAGCAGCAGUAGAAGAUCAGACUGGUUCUGACGAGUCUGACUCCGACUCUGACUCUGUGUCCGAAUCCGAAUCCGAGUCAGACUCUGAUGCCAGUGAAGAGAAUGGACUCAAGGAUGCGCCCAUCGUGCCUCAGAUUGAUCGCUCGACUCCCAUUGUUCGGGAUGGCGAUGUGAUCGAUGCAGAGGGGGAUAUACAGAUGGAAGAGCCGAUUGUAACUAGCAGCUCCGAAUCCUCAGACCAGUUGGAUAUCUCAGUGCCGAAAACCAAUGGCACUCGUGAGACUCGAUCUCGCAAGCGCAAGCAGGCCUCGGAGGAACCCACAUCCGUUAAAGAAGCUCGCCAAGCACAGGCCCAUCCCACGACACGACCCCCAUCUACCCCUCCUCGCUCUGUGCCUUCGGUAAUUGUGCACUCUCAACACGCUCGGCAGUCUGAAUCGAAGUCGCCAGCUGCCCAAACGACCCCACAGAAACGUGCCCGUGCGCCUUCAUUCUCGAGCCCAGCUCGACAGGCCAGUAUCCGAGAGGAGAACAAAACGCCUCCCAAAACUUUUCGGUCCGGAAUUGGGUUGGGGAUUACACAGAGCCCUUCUAGCCAUCAACCCCUGGUGGCUCUUUCGCAGGAAUCUAACGUGACAUCCACCCAGGACUCUUUUGGCGGGCCGCUUUUCCCAAGUAGCAACGCGACUGGUACCGUUGCGCCUUCUUUUACUUCUGUUAACAAACAGACUCCUGCGAUUGACAGAACAAAGAAGUCCGCUAUCCGUGCCAAGGAUUCCCCGGCAACGGAGAGGCGAUCCGUGUCUUUUGCUGAGGGAGAGAACCUUGCUUCUAGCUUCGAUCUCAUUCCAGGCUCCACUCCGCGCAGUACUGCGAUCAGUUCCAAAUCCACCCCUACCACCAAGACCAAGGUGACGCCUUCGAGCGCAACCCCACGAAAUGCCACUCCUAAGGCCAAGUCCUCUCAGCAGACGCCUACCCCUGCUGUCAAAUCUACACCCUCGACGUCUAGCAAAGCUACACCCAAGGCCAACGCCAAAAGCCAGACACCCAAAUCCACUUCCAAGCAACCUCGCAGAGAAUCCAUCGACGAAGUGGUCUCGAAUCAAGCUCGCAGACAAUCUAUCGACGAAGUAGUCUACCCACCCGGCUUUGAUAUCGACCGUUUGACCCAGGAAGUUGAGAUUGAAAAGAAGAUCAAGGCACAGUCUAAAGCGGAAGAGAAGGCACUCAGGGAGAAAGAAAAAGAGGAGAUGGCAGAAAUUGAGCGCAAGAUUCCGGAAAGUUAUGAUCCCCAUCUUUCGCUCAUUUUAACCGAUAUGCAAAAAAUAUUACAGAGAUUGUCCAACACCAGGAUGGAAGUGGCCAAGCGAACACCGCUCCGCGUUAAGCUUGCCGCUUUGCGCGAGGACCUGAAAGCAUGUGAACAGAAAUUGGAGGCGAAAAAGUCCACGCCUCGGCAAGCUGUUGCAAAGCAAGCAGUGCCAACCCUCAAGGAAAUUUUGAGCAGCCAAAAGCAGGAAAUUGCUGCUAGACAGCGUCCUGAGCCCAAGCCUGCUCCGGCUCCCCGCAAUGAUGUUUACGAAGUGCCCAGCUCAGGCGAGUCUGAGUCUGAGUCCGAGUCUGAGUCCAGCAGUGAUGAUGAUAGCGAGAGCGACAGUGAGUCGGGCGACAUUAUGCCCGACGGCCAGUCACAAAAACUGCGCAAGCCCCGAACUCGGUCCAAUUAA